CCCAACCCAACCACGCAGCCCCGCUCAUCCCUCGUGAAGACAUCCCGCUCGCGUCUCGCAUCUCGCCAUGGCCGCUCCGCUGCUCCGCGCCGUCGUCGCCACCCUCGCCACGCUGAUGCUCGCGCGGCCCGGCCUCGGCCAGACAGGGGCGGGUGCAGAGUCUCGCUCGAGCUGCAUGAUGGAUUUGGACCCGGGGCCGUGCCGCGCCUACCUGCCGCGCGUCUUCUACAACCGCUACACGCAGCGCUGCGAGCCCUUCCACUACGGCGGCUGCUUCGGCAAUGGCAACAACUUCGAGAGCCUGGCCGAGUGCAACGCCCAGUGCGCCUGGAUCCCCGUUGCGCCGAAGGCGUGCCGCCUGGAGAUGGAGGUGGGCGUGUGCCGAGCCCUCCUCCGCCGCUACUUCUUCAACAUGACCUCGGGCUCCUGCGAGGAGUUUGGCUACGGAGGUUGCCAGGGCAACCUCAACAAUUUCAAGGAUGCAGCAUCUUGCUACCAGCACUGCGUCCAUCGCCCAGUGCUCCCCCGGAUCUGCCUGAUGAAAGCCGACCCUGGCGAGUGCAGCGGCGUCAUCCCGCGCUUCCGCUACAACCCGCAGACGAGCAGCUGCGAGAGCUUCACCUAUGGUGGCUGCGGCGGCAACGACAACAACUUCGGCAGCGAGCGCAGCUGCAUGAGCGUCUGCGGCCAGGCUGUCAUUCCGGCGUCUACAAGUGCUCAGUACCUGAACCCGUCUCGUCGUGUCUUCGUGGCCAGGAGGAGGCAAGGAAAGACCUUCAAGCACAAAAUUAUUCGCCAAUGAACGAUGCACACGACACAACCAAAUGAGGCCACAGGUCUCUGAUGUGUUUUCGUGCAUUAUGUCCGACGUUUGGCUCCACGUGCUGGAAGCUUAAUCAGGAACUCAAUGAGAAGCUUCCGGUAUGUAGAGAAAAACGCCGGACAUUGUGCCGAACGACUCCCAAAAACAUCGGUGAGCCAUGUAGUACAACCGUGAAAACCUACGCAGUGGUAAUGCCAAGGUUGCUUUCAGAAGGGGUAAGGAUUUGCCGUGGCUACAAUGCAGCAUUUCAAUUUUAGUUUAUUACUGGAUUAGUUUGUAGCUGUUUUACAAUUGUAAAUAGUUUGUUAAAGAUGGUUAAAUUAUUGCCUUUUAGAAAACACCUCAAAAGUGAAAAGGAAAGGCAGUAUUAUCUGGACCAAAAUAUUUAGUAUCUAAUUCUGAAUCAUUAAAUUCUGAAGUCACUGUCCAAUUUUAAUUCAACGCCAGAUGUAUAAAGUCAAUGAUUUAUACAGAUCAUGUUUCACUGCAUCGUCAGUUUGUGAUCUCUCUGGAUGGUGUUGGGUGGAUGCUAUGAGCCCCUGGCAACCGAAAUGUGGUGAGAUCUGUCCGUCGUAAGUGAUAAUUUCGUCGGAAUCAUCACGAGCCAUGGAAACAGGCGUGGUCAUCAGACAGUGCCAACCUUCACACGGCACCACGAAGACGCGCUCCACUGCUCAAAUCACGGGGCAUGCUUCAAGAAAUUAAAAUCAUAGUCGUUCGUAUUCAUUCACAGUCCUUUGUCAAUGGACUACUGGAUGUAAUCCCCCACCCAAUGCCGUGCUGGUCGUGUUUGUUGAACUUCUUUCGCACCGUACGUAGCCAACCGUUCUAUACUUCACGCUCGUAAGUGCAGAUUCGUUAAGGGGGCGGAGGGGGGGGCAGAAUCGAUUUGGUUACCAAUCGCCACUGACUUUAGCCGUGGCAAUAAAUUGAACUCGGUCGCAGAGUCCAUAGCUCAGUGUGCCGUUGCCCCACCCGUUUUCGGAAAUGUGCUUAUAAAAACUAUUAAUAACAGCCAUCAGUACAUCUCUCCACAUGAAAACAAAAAUAUUAUUUACUCCACCAGCGUAUGGGGUUUCCAGAUAAAUAUUAUUUCGUGCCAUUUGUUUCAACAAGAAAGCUCUGGACUGGUUUUGACCUUUUUGGGUCUCAUCAGUCGGGUCAGGCUUGUUAAACAAAUACCACUGGGUGGCCAGCUGAUACUCUCAUAGGGUACUCCAUGUACACAACAAGACCCUGUUCAACUCCUAAAGGAGUUUUCUAUAUAUAACUAAAAGUUAUCUUCUUGGUUCUUUCGGUAAAGUCACGUAGAAGGGAAAUAAAAAAAUAAAACAUAAUAAAAUUAUUCUCACGACGUUUCGGCCACAACGCAAGCAGCCAUCCUCAAGUGAAGAACAGGUCUGUCGGGGAGACAGCGUCUUGCGUUGUGGCCGAAACGUCGUUAGAAUUAUUUUAUUAUGUUUUCUUUUUUUUCUUUUAUUAUUUCCCUUCUACGUGACUUUACCGAAAGAACCAAGAAGAUGAAUCCCUGCAGUCACGAAAGCUUUAAAUCGAAAAACUAAAAGUAACUCGUGUUAUUCAUUAGAAUUGUGGAUGCCAAUGCAUUACCCAUAAUGCACCACAUUAGAUGGGUCUUGAGACAUUUCCAAGUCCACCGCUGUGCAAACCUCCAGAAGUGCUGCAAUUGUGAGGUGCGCUGAGUAAACCAGAGACAGUCUCCCUUGCAUAUGUGUGGGUGAAUGGCAACACCUACGUUUAUGUCCACAUUAGAUGACCCAAACAGCAGUGCAUGUGCCGAUAACGUAGACGUGAGUCAUCCCACACAAGGAGGCACGUUGUGAAACUCGCCAAACAGCCGAAUCGACGUGAACGUGCCUAAUCUCAUCUGAUAUUAAAAGAUAAUCGAUCUUGAGGCCGGUUAGCAAAUGCGUGGGAGACUGCCUGCAAAGUACCAUAUCUUGUCGGCUUGGGCUGCGAGGUAGCCAAGAGAAGGCAGGAGAGCAAUGGAGUCUUCGCAUCUAUCUGCGGAACUUUAAGUGUACCUCAUCGUGUGCGUGGGGUUUCUCCAAGCAACUCUGAAUUCGUCCCACACGCAAUCUGUUAAUUAAUGAAAUUGGCUUUGAACUGCAAUCGCAGUAGCCCCGUGAGCAAAACACUCUUGAGGCUCAGUGAGGCAGUCCCCUGCGAAAAUAUAGAACAGUACUUUUAUGAAUCAAGAACCCGAGGGUUGUCACAUAACCGAUUAUAGUACAUUGUCAUCUAGAUGCCGUUAAACAUAUUUUAUGCGUCCUCCAUCUUUAUAUAGAAUUUUUCGUUUUCCAAAAAUAAAAUUGCACAGAAAAAAUAAAUAUAUGUUGUAUACAGUAGUGUGACCGAGUAUUUUUUUUAUGAACAAAAAAUGUGUUCAGUUGGAAUUUUGAUUAAAGCUUCUCAAUAUGCUAA